GCGCGCCCAGCCAGGGCCGCGGCGGCGGCUGCGCUUGCACGGCGCCGCCGGGGCAGGGUUUCUCUCGGUUUGGCUCCGUGUCACACACAGAUGUGACUCUUGUCUGUUCCCUGCGAACGUACAACCGUGACGGCUCACCUCCUCCCGCCUCCCUUACCCACCCCCCCCUUUUCCACAGGAAAAAAAAAAAAAAAAAAAAAAAUCCCACCCUUUUACAAAAUAUUUCCUCAGAUCCCACACCGAGCAGCAGCCGCCGCCGCCGCAGAGCCCUGGGAGCUGAUGGAGCAAUGGUCAGAAGAGGCAGAAGUGGAUGUGAGAGACAGACACACACAGAGACACAGAGAGCGAAAGAGGGCAAGAGACUUGACUUUAAGAGACUCCUGCACUGACAACUCCAUGCAGUUCGGAACAAGAACGGCAGCGACCGACUCUGGUUUCAUGGGGACAUGGCAGAACACUGACACUAACCUCUUAUUCAGAAUGUCCCAACAGGCCAUCCGCUGUACACUGGUAAAUUGCACAUGUGAAUGUUUUCAGCCAGGGAAGAUUAACCUGAGAACCUGUGAUCAGUGUAAACAUGGCUGGGUGGCACAUGCCUUGGACAAACUUAGUACUCAACACCUCUACCACCCGACCCAAGUGGAGAUUGUGCAGUCCAAUGUCGUGUUUGACAUCAGCAGCCUGAUGCUCUACGGCACUCAGGCUGUGCCUGUGAGGCUGAAGAUUCUGCUUGACCGACUCUUCAGCGUACUGAAGCAAGAGGAGGUGCUGCAUAUUCUACAUGGCUUGGGCUGGACACUGCGAGACUAUGUUCGAGGCUACAUCCUUCAGGAUGCUGCAGGCAAGGUGCUGGACCGCUGGGCCAUCAUGUCCAGGGAAGAAGAGAUCAUUACCCUUCAGCAGUUCCUGAGAUUUGGAGAAACUAAAUCUAUCGUGGAGCUGAUGGCAAUUCAAGAAAAAGAAGGGCAGGCUGUGGCUGUGCCAUCUUCAAAGACAGAUUCAGAUAUAAGGACUUUUAUUGAAAGCAAUAAUCGCACCAGAAGCCCAAGCCUCCUUGCUCACCUGGAGAAUAGCAACCCUUCCAGCAUUCAUCAUUUUGAAAACAUCCCAAAUAGCCUUGCAUUCCUGCUUCCAUUCCAGUACAUAAAUCCAGUCUCUGCUCCACUGCUGGGGCUGCCUCCAAAUGGUCUCCUGCUGGAACAGCCAACAAUGAGGCUCCGUGAACCAAGCCUUACAACCCAAAAUGAAUAUAAUGAGAGUAGUGAAUCUGAAGUGUCCCCUACGCCUUUCAAGAAUGAGCAAGCAUCCAGCAGGAAUGCUUUGACCAGCAUCACAAAUGUGGAGCCCAAAACUGAGCCAGCCUGUGUCUCCCCUGUUCAAACACCUACGCCAGUCAAUGAUUUAUCAAAAACAGAACACACAAAAAGCUCAUUCCGAAUUCACAGAAUGAGGAGAAUGGGGUCAGCCUCCAGGAAAGGAAGAGUGUUUUGCAAUGCAUGUGGCAAAACCUUCUACGACAAAGGUACUCUUAAAAUCCACUACAAUGCUGUGCACCUGAAAAUCAAGCAUCGAUGCACUAUUGAAGGCUGCAAUAUGGUCUUCAGCUCUCUCAGAAGCCGUAAUCGCCACAGUGCUAACCCAAAUCCCCGCCUCCACAUGCCUAUGCUAAGGAAUAACCGUGACAAGGAUCUAAUUCGUGCUACAUCAGGUGCCGCCACUCCUGUCAUAGCAAGUACGAAAUCCAACCUAACUUUAACGAGCCCUGGGCGUCCACCGAUGGGGUUUACCACUCCCCCUCUGGACCCGGUGCUACAGAACCCUCUUCCCAGUCAGCUGGUCUUCCCAGCUUUAAAGACUGUCCAACCUGUUCCUCCUUUUUACAGAAAUUUACUUACUCCUGGAGAGAUGGUGAGUCCUCCAACCUCACUCCCGACCAGUCCCAUAAUACCAGCUGUGAGUGGCAUGGAGCAGCAUCCCCCUCCUCCUUCAGAGUCAUCGGUACCUUCAGUGUUGAUGCCCACCCCAGAGCCCAAUGCAGACCUUGCCCCCAAGAAGAAGCCAAGGAAGUCAAGCAUGCCAGUUAAAAUUGAGAAGGAAGUUAUUGACACUGCUGAUGAGUUUGAUGAUGAAGAUGAAGAGGUGAAUGACAGGAGUACGAUGGUGAAUGACAUUGGUCAUGACAAUCACUGCCAUUCUCAGGAGGAAAUGAGCCCAGGCCUGUCUGUGAAAGACUUUUCCAAAAGUGACAGAAGCAGAUGUAUGUCCAGACCAGACAUAAGAAGGGCAGACAGCAUGACAUCAGAAGACCAGGAGCAUGAGAGAGACUAUGAAAAUGAGUCAGAGUCAUCAGAGCCCAAAUUAUGUGAAGAAUCCCUGGAAGGCGAUGAUCGCCUCCAUGAACCGGGUGAAAAAUCUAUGAUGCACAGUGACCAACCAGAUGAAAACCACAAUGACUCUUCCAACCAGGAUGUCAUUAAGGUGAAGGAAGAGUAUACAGACCCUACAUAUGAUAUGUUCUAUAUGAGCCAAUAUGGACUGUACAAUGGAGGCAGUGCCAGUAUGGCUGCUCUUCAUGAAAGUUUUGCUUCCACAUUCAACUAUACCAGCCCUCAGAAGUUCUCCCCAGAAGGUGAAAUGUGCUCCAGCCCAGACCCCAAGAUCUGCUAUGUUUGCAAGAAAAGUUUCAAGAGUUCCUACAGUGUGAAGCUUCACUACAGAAAUGUUCAUUUAAAAGAGAUGCAUGUCUGCACAGUGGCUGGCUGUAACGCUGCGUUCCCAUCACGGAGAAGCAGAGACAGACACAGUGCUAAUAUAAACCUGCACCGUAAACUGUUGACCAAAGAACUGGAUGACAUGGGCUUGGACACUUCACAGCCUUCUCUUAGUAAGGACCUCCGCGAUGAAUUUUUGGUGAAGAUAUAUGGCGCUCAGCAUCAGAUGGGGCUUGACAUAAGGGAAGACACCUCCUCGCCUGCUGGCACUGAGGAUUCCCAUAUGAAUGGGUACGGCAGGGGCAUGGCAGAAGACUAUAUGGUACUAGACCUGAGCACCACCUCCAGCAUCCAGUCCAGCAGCAGUAUCCAUUCCUCAAGAGAAUCUGAUGCAGGAAGUGAUGAGGGUAUUCUCCUGGACGACGUCGAUGGGGCAAGUGACAGCGGGGAAUCUGCCCACAAAGCAGAUGCCCCUGCCUUAGCUGUAGGUAUGGGCACCGAUGUCCCAGGAUCCCUCAUGUUCAACAGUGUUUCGGUGAGCAACGGUGGGAUAAUGUGUAACAUUUGCCACAAAAUGUACAGCAACAAGGGAACCCUCAGAGUGCACUAUAAAACAGUGCACUUGAGAGAAAUGCACAAGUGCAAAGUCCCUGGGUGCAACAUGAUGUUCUCCUCUGUCCGCAGCCGAAACCGGCACAGCCAGAACCCCAACCUGCAUAAAAACAUUCCUUUCACUUCAGUAGAUUAGGUCAAGGAUGGACACAGCAUAAUGCCAGCUCUCAGAGAGGGCCCACUACAUCUGAACUGCCACACACAGUCUCCCUUUCUACAUAUAUGUGUAUAUAUAUAUGUAUAUGUAGAUGUGUGUAUAUAUAUGUAUAUGUAUAUGUAUAUGUAUAUAUAUAUAUACACACACACACAUAAAUAUGCAUAUAUAUAUAUAUAUGCUUUUUCUUUUCUUUUUUAGCAAAAGAAAGAAACACCAGGUGCUUUUUCCCCUUUGUUGGUUGUUGGGGUUCUUUUUCUUUUUUUUUAAUAGAAAAAAAAAUGUAGUACCUUUAAUUUGGGGGAAGAGAUCCUUCAUAAAAAAAAAAAGAAAACAAACAAACAAACAAACAAAAUCCCAAACAGAAACUUGCAGCUGUCCCUAGUUCUGUUAGAAUGUUCUUGGUCAUCUCCAAAGAGACAGUUCGUUCUUCCCGUAACUUUUGCCUGAAAAAAAAUAAAAAAGAGAAAAAAAAUAAAUAAAACAAAACAAAACAAAAAAAAAAGAACAAAAAACACACAAAAAAUCCCCCCAAAAACACAAAAAAAAUUGCAAACAAACAAAAAGAGAAAGAAAAAACUAUCUACUUAGUUGUCUUUGUGUCUUCUAAGCAUUGGGGAUAACGUUCUACUAAGCAUGGCUGUUACACUUGUAUAUAUAUAUUGAGCCUUGACAGGCCUAUGAUGUAAAACAAUUGUAUUGAUGGUGGUUUAACUCUAAUUUUUUUGCUUAAUUUUUACAGUUACAUUCAGCUGUUAGAUAAGCAGGAAAAAUAGUUUGCUGCCUAGUUUUACUCAUUUAUGUUAGCUUUAAUGCACAUUUUUAAAAGAACCACGGUCUUGUUUUAACUACCUGCUAGAUAUAAGUAAUACAGAGGUGCUGGCAUGCUUUACAGUACCUGAUUUGAUACAGUUUUUUUGUCUUGUACUAUUACAUAAAUCCAGUCAUGCACUUUUUCGUACACUACAAGGGGAUGUGUAAUAAUAUCCAUGCUUUUUUUUUCUUAAACUAUUGCCAUAUUUUCAGUAAGUGUCUUUAAAAAAAAUACACUUAGAUAAAAGUGAUCUGGUCAGUAUGAGGGCAUGAAUGCCAAACAAAGAGUAUUAGUGUUUAGUGUUAAUACAAAAGUGCCAACUUUGCACACAUUUUGAAAAAAGAAAAUGUAGUUAUUCACCGUAACCACAGCUGUAGUUUUUGGACUACACACAGAAAAAUACUGGGGAGGGAAAAGGGGUAAAGUGAAAUACAGAAUUCUUGGUGCUUUUUUCAAGUGCCAAUUAUUACUAGAAACAAUAGUGCAUCCUUAUUCCUUAUAUACUACAUUGCAUAAGAGAAAAAAAACAGAAUUUUGUCAUGUGAACCAGUAGAAAUUUUUUUUUGUCAAACAUGCAUAAUAUUUGGGGAUAUAAAUGCUGAUACUACUUGUCACAGAACAAAGAUGAAUAUAAUUUUGUGUGCUUCUUAUUAUAGCCUGGAUUUUUGUGGUGUUUUAAAAAAAAUCGAAACAAACAGGGAAAUAAUGUUAAUUAUGUUGUUCUGUAAAGUUGUCUUUUUUGCAAUGGAAAGUGCUGUAGUAUGAUUAAGGCAUGUUUUAUAGAAGCAAUCAAAAGAAAUUAAUGGCAGAAGCACUUAGUAGCUCUGAAAACAUAUGCUGGACUUUUUAUUGGGUAACUUUCCCUUUGGAUAAAAUUAGAAGACAGAGAAAAAGGAUGUCUAGUUGUGUUAAUGUUUUGUGUUUCACUCGCAUGGUUUGUCAGAAAACAACGAAGGUCCAAGACAUAUAGUGAGCAAGGAGCGAGCACAACCAGGAGACAGGGAAGGGCCAAGCUGAGAAAGGCAGAGACAAAGGAGGCUGCCCUCUGAAACUUUUUGUUUCCGGUGUUUACACAUGUUGCUUGAGCUGGUAAACCACACUGGCAGCCUUAGUUACCACAACAUACUGACUGAGGGAUGGUAUUUACUUAAGCUCAAUCUACAGCCAAAGCCAUUAGGAUAUGUGUUGUAGACUCUUUUCUUUACAAAACGAAUAACAAUAACAAAAGCAAGAACAAACAAACAAACAAACCCCUAAGGGAUAUUUCAGCAUACAAUAAAAUAUUCCUUCAAUGAGAAUGUGUUCCUUUUCUGUAUUUACUGACCCAGAACAUUAUUCUUCUUAGCAAAGAGUCAGAAAUGCUCCAUUGUUUCAGCUUGUUGCUGUAUUGUUUUGCUGUGCAUUUUGAUUAUUUUUACUUUUUAUGUCCACUUGAGUACUUAAUUCCUAUUACAUUUUCUAGAGGAAACUCUUACUAUAGAUUUCCUCUUUUUUAGUACUUUUUAUGCAUUUCAGUAUUUUUGUUUCCAGAAGUAGGAAUCAAUAUCUAAUAAAUCAGUAUUUCCAGUUGUAGAAAAUAAAAGAAAAAUAUUUCUGAAUGAAAUCUCCCUAUGUUCCUAUGAGUUACAAGCCUCUGCUCAUUUUUUUUAUCCUGUACACUCAUGAAGCCCUGAAAACAUUUGUGAAUGCCACAGUAACUAUAAGGAAACUUUACCUUCUGGUUUAACAAAAAGAAACUUUAUUGCAAAAAAGUAAGCUAUUUCACUGACAUUUUUUUCAUCUUUUUUAUUUUCUUUAAAAUCUCAGCUACUUUGCUUUGUUGAGUGGAGAGAUCUGCUUUAUUUUGUUUUAUGUUGUGCAAGCUCAGUGUGUGCGAGAAAGGGAAAUUAGAACAAUAAGGGUGCAUUUUUACAAAACACAUAACCUUUGUAGUGUUACCUGUACUGCAAUCUCAUCUCUCCUCCCAGGCUAAUGGGAAAAAGUAAUAUAGAAGGUCUAAAAGAUAAAAAGAACAAAAAUUGAAUUAUAUAUACAGAAAAAACCCCACUCUUUUGUAGUAUCGUGGUAUAAAUGAAUAUAAUUUUUAAUGAAAAAUGCAUUUGAGGUAUAUAAAUAAUUCCUAACUGAAUGAAUUACUGUUCAGCAUUCUUAUUUCACUAUGAUUCUGUUAGAGGUCAAAUGGGUUUGGUAAUCUUUGGAAAUUUAAGCAUCACCUGUAGAUAAAUUCAGCAGAUUAUAGAAAUGGAAGAAAAAAAAUCUGUUUAUUACACAAAAUUGAACAGCACAUUCUAAAAAGUAAGGAAAAAGGGACAAACUUCCAAAAACUGCUAGAAGAUAUCAUCGCUUUCUGGUGGACAGAGCACUACUCACUAUUAUUUUUUAGGCAAAUCUAGGUAAAAGUAGUUUCUUCAGUAUAAGUGAUACUGUUGUCAAAACAGUCUUUUUAGAAGGGCGCUUACACUUAUAAAAAUAAUUGAAUGGCAUUUCCCUCCUUUCAACUUAGCAUGCAUCUCUAUGCGAAUCUGUAUUUAUCAGAAUUGUUCUUGUGGUGGAAUUUGUAUUAUCUGAAAAAUUCAUAAAGGGGCUCUGGCAUAGUAGCUUGGUUUUACUGAAAGUAGCAUUUCUGGGUAAUUUCAGCAGAGACCCAGAGUGCAGUAACAAUAAUGACCAAACAUCUCAUCUCUUCAGCACAGAACAUGGCCUGUAAUGGUGUGAUGACAUGAUAAGUGUUGUGCAGUUGCUUAUGUUAUCACAAACUUGUGGCUAUCCCUUCAGUUUCCAAACCUGUCAGUUUAAACCAUUUUGAAAGAACUAGACCAGCUUUGAGGAAGAGACUUUUCCCUUUACAUUCAGUUUGUUCCUUCUUUUUUUGGUUCCUAUAGUUAUUGUGGUCACUCUUUCCAUAUUGUUUCACUGUUUAUUCAAGGUAGUUGUAUUUUUCUGUAAAUAUCAAAAAAAGUUAUGUCUGCAACUAGAAAAUAACUGUACUGAACCUCCGUUAGAAACAGAACUAUUUGUCUGGGGGUUGUUUAGGAUUUUUCUUUUCAUUGUGAGGGUUGGGGGGUAUGGUGUGUCAGGAAACCAUAUGUUAAUGGUUAAUCACUAGGUAUCUUUUGAAAAACUGUAUGAAAAUUUGGAAGGAAAACAGCACAGUCAAAGCACAAGAAUGGAAACCAUGAGUUUUAACACCCCUGGUAGCCCCUUCUAACUUUGUAGUCUCAUAUGUAUCAUAUCACAUCCAUUUAUGUUUCAGUCUGUUAGACUAUCACUAAUACUAAUAUGAUUUUGCCCAUAAGUGUGCUCCUGUGAGGACUAAUUAGCUGGUAUUAGUAAAGAGCUAAUUUAACUCAUAAAUAUUGUUGCACACCUUAAAAUAUUUAGUCAAUUUUUCUGAGCUAUAUCUCAACUGGGUACGUUUUGUUACGCCUGAGAUUUUAACAUUGGCUUUUAAAUUAUAGCUGAUGCUGUGGUGACAACGUAGUCACGCACACAAGGCAUAAGCACUCUGUCACUGAGUCACAACUCAAUUUUACAAAAUGUGAAAGGUAUAGAUUAAAAACCUUAAUAGCACAUGGACACUGCUCUUAAAGAUCUCUCAAAGGCUUUUCAUGUCUGAGCUCAUAAAAUUUGUAUGUUUCCUAAGGAUCUGUAGAUACUUUACACAGAAGAAAUUCUGCAACAUAUUUGUCAUGGGUAAACUGCAUUUAUCUCCCUUCCUUCCUUCCUUCCUUCCUUCCUUCCUUCCUUCCUUCCUUCCUUCCUUCCUUCCUUCCUUCCUUCCUUCCUUCCUUCCUUCCUCCCUUCCUCCCUUCCUUCCUUCCUUCCUCCCUCCCUUCCUCCCUUCCUCCCCUCCUUCCUGGAAUCCUUCCAUCCUUCCUUCCUGGAAUCCUUCCUUCCUUCCAUCUCUCCCUCACUUCUUCCCUUUCCACCUCUCUUCUUCCCUCUCUGCCUCCCUUGUUCCCUCUCUCCCUGAAAGGGUACUUUAUCUGCCUGUUCCACAAGUUUAUACAUUUUUCAUCUCAUGUAUGUUUCCCAUUCCGUCCUCAAAAAAAGGAACAGUUUAGGAAAAAAUUUUAGAGUCAGGGUCUGCGAAGUAGCUGCCAGCAGUGGUAAGCACCACAGUUGAUUUGGUCUAGUCUAUAUAAUAGGAAAUGGGGCUCUCCAGGAUGCACUUGAGUUUCCCCUGGGUUUUAGCCUUUUCAACCCAAUUAAGGAUCUAACAUAGCUAAAUAUAUGGGGUAGGAAUGCAAAGCAACAAGACAAGGAGCUAUGUGGGUAUAAUGAAAUUUCAGAAAUAUGAGAUAAUUCGAGGUCUGAUCUGUUCCAGAGACAGGAACCACUUUCAAGACCAGGGAUUUAGUUCCAGAAAUUUCUCCUUCAAUGUGUAUGAGACUUUGUAAUCAAAAUGCUUGAUAUGGACCCAUUUUUCUCAUGGUGGUCAUUAAGGAUGUCAGCUGCUGUCAGAAAAUAGGACAUAUUUUUAGAAAUUUAUUUGUACUCAAAUUCUGCAGGACAUUUUUACAGCAACAUUGGUGGCAGAGUAAAUAAUAAGGAAGGGAAAGUGUAUGGUCAAGGAGUGCGCACAUGCUCGUCUGAGGUUUUUUGCCGCAUACAUGAAUAGAACUGUUACUUCUUCUGCAGUCCCCAGAAUGUUUUUGUCACUUUUCUCUUUGGGUUAACAGAAUUACUCUUUUCAUUUGAAAAGAGAAGCAAAGGUGUAUGUACUAAGGGCAAGGAGGCAGCAGGAGUUCUCUGUGGGGAAAAGCUGACUGGCAGACACAUGAUUGCAGCUGGUAUAUUUCAGUUCCUCCUUAGUUUUGUUUUUUUUCUUAUGUAGUGACAUAAGAAAAAGACUUUGCUGCUAUAGUAACUCAACAAAACAGUGACUGUAGUGCUACUUUCCUAGAUAAGCAUCAGCAUAUCCUGCUGUUGCCACAUGAUGAGUUGGGCUUUUUUCUCCUGUUCUGUAGGGACAUAAAAGGAACUCUUUUCCAUACCCAUUUCUACUUCAGGAACAGAGCAACAUCAUAUGAUGGACUGAACCUUUCACCCACAUGUUUGCCCAGAUACAUGUCUGUUCCAGUCUCAUGGUUUCUGUCUCUUCCUGCCAACACUGCAGCAUUAUCACUGCCUUUAAAAUGGCUGUAACAGAAUGAAGCAGCAGCUAUUUUACGUAAGGAGUAUUAUCUUGAGUCUGUAGUUAACCAGUCUUGUGUGGCUUGUUUUCUCUGUUCAAGUCAUGAUACUGAAUGACAGUUUUGAUUUUUUGAUCAAGGUAUUGAUCAUGUAUAUCCCAAUACUGUUGCUGUUAUGUUUGGCACUGACACUUAAAUGAAAACGGUUCUGGACCACCAAAGGGUUAAAAAAUGGACAUGUUUUUGACAAGUCCUCUGACUUUUGCCAGUAUUAUUGUUCAUUAUGAUGACACUGUGUUUUUUUAAAUAGCAGCUGUAGUUGUCAUGAAACUAUUUUCCCAUUCCUCUCCUUUAAAGUGUGAUGUUGUAAAUUCAUGUGACCUUUCCUGCAAAGAAUAAAUAUUUCUUUUUUUAUAUAAGA